AUGGCCCCUCACCCACAUUCAGUCCCCGUGAUCGCUGGAGUGACGGUGACUCUCCCGGUGAAUGUGAAAACACUAGGAGUUGCCAUUUAUCAGCAUGGGCUGUAUACAGUACUGCAGACUCCCUUUGGGCUGAAUGUGAGCUACGACCUGGCCCACAGCCUCUUUGUCAGCCUCCCCCCUGAGUACCAAGGUCAGACCUGCGGGCUGUGCGGGAACUUCAACGGUGCCGCUGAGGAUGAUUUUGUGACGCGUAACGGCUCCCUAGGGAAGGAUGCCUUCCACUUCGCUGCAGACUGGAAGUCGGAGGAUGUUCCUGGCUGUGACAACGGCUGCUCUGAUUCCUGCCCUGGGUGUGAAGAGGAGGAAAGUCUGGUGCAGUUCAAGUCCCGGUGCUGGGUGAUCCAGGAUCCCAACGGGCCAUUCGCCUCUUGCCACUCCCAGAUUGACCCAGGCCCCUAUUUGUCUGAUUGCAUCUUUGACCUGUGUGUGUCAGGAGGGGAGAGCAGUGUCCUGUGCCAGUCCAUUCAGACAUACGCAGCCGCCUGCCAGAGAGUGAAUGUCACCAUCUCACCUUGGAGGAGCGAGUCUUUCUGUGACCCAGGAUGCCCAGCAUACAGUCACUACAAGCUCUGUGAGCCCCCCUGCCGGGACUCCUGUGCACGCAGCUUGGUCCAGGCUCACUGCAGCCAUCUGUGUGCCGAAGGCUGUUUCUGUAAUGACGGGUACCUGCGCAGCGGGGCCAGCUGCGUUCCAGAGAAGCAGUGCGGCUGCAUGCACAACGGGCUGCAUUACCCGGUUGGGGAACGGGUCUGGCUCUCUGGUUGCCAGGAAAGGUGCAGCUGUGACAGCCAUUUAAAUUUUCACUGCGUCCCCGCCAGCUGUAACCCCGGCCAGCAGUGUGCUGUGAAGGACGGGAAGUUGGGCUGCCAGAGCCGGCUGACCACCUGCACGGUGACAGGGGACCCUCACUACUUCACCUUCGAUGGGGCGGUGGCCCAUUUCCAGGGCACGUGCGCCUACGAGAUCUCGCACACCUGCAACUCCUCCCUCGACUUCUCCUUCCGGGUGGUGGCCACAAACAGGCACCGCAGGAAUCGCCGGGUCUCCUUCGUCUCCCGGGUGGACGUCUGGCUCAAGAGAGGGGAUCAGGACACUCACGUUGUCCUGGGGGACAGCAAGGCUGCUGAGGUGAGGGUGGAGACAUCUGAAAGGGGCUUCCAACAAAUCUCUCAAGAGCAGGAGCUCCAGCCCCAGACAUCCCUCCCUGUCUGACCCCAGCACAG